AUGUCAACGCCGGCACAAAAAGCAAACCUUGCCCGGAUUAGAGAUAAUCAGAGGAGAUCCCGGGCCCGCAGAAGAGAGUAUCUCCAAGAGCUCGAGCAACGACUCCGAGUGUAUGAGUUGCAGGGCGUCGAGGCGUCCUCAGAGGUGCAACAUGCUGCGCGGAGGGUUGCAGAAGAGAAUAGACAACUCCGUGGUCUUCUCAACCGACAUGGAAUCAGCGAUGAUUACAUUACUAGUUACUUGCACUCGGGAACAGCGUCGCAAACCGGUCCGACUGCAAUAUCGCACUUCACCCCCAACACUCACAGCGAUAGCGUCCAAUCUCUUCAGCAGGUUAUAGCACCCCGGAGACCUACAGCUCUCGAGACUGGCGUAUCCUAUGGCCUUCCUCCGCAAGAAAGCCGUGAGCCAUCUAUCGCAAGUGGAUCUACAAGCAGUUCUUCCAUAUGGGAAUCUGGCCAAGCUAUCCAGCCAGGUUCAGCAUACGCCCGGCCACUUCCUUCCAACGUCCCUACACCAGUACCGAGGCAAUCGAUAACUUCAUCGAUGCAUCCCCAGCAUUACACCUCUCAAAUGUUCCCUGAUCCCCAAGUUUCACGGACCGAAAGCUACCACACUAUCGCUACCCCUGGAUCUUUGAUGGAUGAUCCUCGGCGACACAGCUACUCUGUGGCACCCAUGCCUGGGGAUGUCUCGUCAACGAUGGGCUACAGCAUUCCCAUGAAUUCCUUUCACAACCCUGUCGGACAAGAUGGUGGCCCUCCAGGACCGUGUUGA